UUUGUAAGCUUUUCCCGUACUCACAGUGAAAAUUGCUGACCAAGAAGUUUUUGCGUCAACAAGCAAGAACAUGAGGCCAUUUUAGUACCAAGAAAGCCAAAACAGCAGGAGUUGCUGAAAUUAGAUGAUCAGCGACCACACCGACACUGUGCUUCUAACAACAAAGUAAAUUCUACUUGUGCGUGUGCUUUUUUUCAUCCUGGUAGCAGAAAGUUGAAAAAUGGGAGCAAUCACCGUUAUUAAAGGAUGGUCCGCAAACUGCAUGCUGUGUUCCAUGUUCAUCUUGUACAUACCAGUACUUCUGUGUUCCUUCCAUGUUUAUUGCGCUGAUAGAGUUUCUUUGAGGCAUGGUGAGUGGAUUAGAGACUAUGAAGAAACUCUGGUUUCGCCUGGAAGAAAGUUUGAAUUAGGAUUCUUUGGUCCAACUGGAAGUUCUAGAGACAAAAGGUAUGUUGGAAUAUGGUACACUUCGGAUAAGCAAAUAGUUGUAUGGGUUGCCAAUCGAGAUAGCCCGCUUAUCAAUACUACCACUGGAGCUUUCGGAUUUACAACAGAUGGCUACCUCACGGUAUUAGAUAUGAGUAGUGGGAAGGUUCAUUGGUCUUCUGGACGUGAUAGUUAUUAUUGGUGUGAUCCGUGUACAACUACAGACUGGAUUCUGAAUCUCACGGAUUCUGGAAACCUGGUGCUAUUCGAUAAUGAGACAAGUCUAUGGGAGAGCUUUAAUAAUCCAACUGAUACAUUUCUCCCAAACAUGACUAUGAAUCGAUACAUGAACUUAACUUCUUGGAGAGACCGUGAUGACCCUGGAACUGGGAACUUCACGUUUAUGCUAGAUACAGCAGGAAAUUCGAACACACAAAUCAUCAACAAAGGGGGGAAUAUUUACUGGAAAACCUUGGAGAAUGGGUUCGUGCCUCAUGUCCCUCAGAAGUGGUAUUCUGGAGAUUUUUCGGAUGGGUGCACCAGAAAUUCGACGUCCUGUGGCAAUACCUUCUUGAACUUAAAGAUGAUGAAUAUAGGCGGAAGACCAGAACAAAUUCACCAGGUCGGAAACGAAACAGAAUGCAAAGAGUUGUGCCUUAAAAACUGCGACUGCGAGUCUUAUAGUUAUAAUCAAGACUCAGAAAUGGCAUGCUGGAUUUGGACGCAGGAGCUAUUUAAUCUUCAAGAGGAGUAUGUUGAAGGUUAUAACCUCUCCAUCCGUGUAGCAAUUUCGGAUAUAGAACCAACUGUACAAAAUUGUGAGCCUUGUGGCACAAACAUGAUCCCUUAUCCACUUAGCACUAGCUCAAAUUGUGGUGAUCCUAUGUACUUCAGUUUCAAUUGCAACACUACCUCUGGCCAGGUUAGCUUCAAGGCCCUCAGUGGGACAUAUCGAGUCACUAGUAUCGAUCAAAAUACAUCAAAGUUUUUUAUCCAAGUCAAGGAUGUAGGAAAUUUGCGGCUAAACCAGUCAUUGCCAUUUAAAGUUAAGUUGUACACAAGUUGCAUUCCAGGUUAG